AUGCCAUCGUUGCCAUCUGUAAACCAUAAAUUUACUUCAAAGAUAGUGAAUGGAAAACCAGCAAUUAUUCAGCGUUUUUUUCCAGUAACAUCACAUGAGCUUCAUGUUGGUGCUACGAAGGUCCUGGAAGUGCCAAGAAUCAUGCCAGAUGGUAGAAAAGAUACUGCCAUACUCGAAAUAGAAAUAGAGCCAAAUACGCUUGAGGGAUACACGUAUCAUUUCCAAGGCGCUGGCGAGUAUCUUGAAAAUAACAAAUUUCAAGAUGUUCACGUUGUACUUGCUUGUUCGGAUGUGAAACCACAUCAGCAACAGCAAUCCUGUACCGCUCCGAUACAUAAUCAAUCACCAACUACGGUUCAAACAAAUAGUAAACCAUAUACAAACUAUAAAUUUACUUCAAAGAUGGUGAAUGGAAAACCAGCAACUGUUCAGCGUUUUCUUCCAGCAACAUCACACGAGCUUCAUAUAGGUGCUACAAAGGUCCUGAAAAUACCAAGAAUCAUGCCAGAUGGUCGAAAAGAUAUUGCUAUACUCGAAAUAGAAAUAGAGCCAGAUACGCUUGAGGGAUACACGCAUCAUUUCCAAGGCGCUGGCGAGCAUCUUGAAAAUGACAAAUUUCAAGAUGUUCACGUUGUAAUUACUCGUUCGGAUGUGGCACCAUCUAAUGAUUAG